AUGUGGCCAGCUUCCAAUGCCAUCAGCCAAGCUCAAUGGAGCUGGUUUCUUCAGGACCGGCCGUUGUACGACUUCCAUCUUAUUGACCAGGCAAGCAGGGGAUCAUGGGGAGCACUCACUCUACUGUGGCGAAUCCGGCACAGACACUUUGUCACCCUUGCAGCAUUCCUGAGCAUCAUAUGCGUCCUCACCUCUCCGUUGACACAGUUGGCCAUCGACUACCCUUCAAGAUACGUUCCCUCACCGGGCGAAGAUGGGGUUCAAGUUUCAGUCAUCGAGAUGUUGAAAGUCUCGGUUCAUGAGACUCUAGUUCGGGCAACUAACAAGGCACUCAAUGAACUCCCGUGGCCCGUGGAAGACUACAAGUACAGCCUGAUAACCCCUAAUGAACCUGUCUGCCCAACGGGUAAUUGUACCUUUGAUGAAAUUCAUUCAUUGGGAAUCUGUGUAGACUUCGCAGAUAUCUCUUCCCAUCUGAGGAUUCGAACGGAGGACAACCUUCAGGCUUCCACCAGUGGUGACCACAACUACUGGAAACCAGAGCAUUGCAUUCUCGGGCAAUAA